AGCACUGCGCGCUCACGGUUUUAAAUGUUGAACCGAAGUCUCCUGUGGCAAGCGGCGACGGGACGCGUGGACAGCAAACCUCUCUUCAUUUAUUCGCUAACAUUAAAAUGGAAGGCAGAUAUGUGACAGAUGUAGUUAUGUAUUCAGUCAUAUUUUUGUAAAGUUCAGUCAGCAACGCCGCGCGAACAGCUGGUUGGUUGUAGCUAGCAGCAAAGCUAGCUCGACAAACACCUUUUCCCACUAGAAGAUUUUUUUUUUUUAAUGAACCUUCAUAAUUUCAUCUCUCUGAAGUGCAGUUCUCUGCAGCACAAUCCUGUUUCUUGUGGACUUUUGCUCUUUCUCGUUUAAAUCUAUUUGAUUUCACGAUGCGACUCUCUGGCACCGGGUUUCUCAUCUGGCUCGUUGCUGCGGUCUUCGUGGAUCACUGAAGAGAGCGGUGCUGAGCCCCACUGACACCCCCAUAUUAAUUUCCUCAACUAUUUACAGUGUUCUACAACCGGCUGCUCCUGCAGUGAUUCAGUAUCAUGGAGGCUGGCAGUGGAGCUGCUGCAGUGGUGGGAAGUGCAGCUCUCGGACUGCUUGGAGCCACAGGAAGUCAUGACAUCUCUGACAGGGGCCUGAGGCCUGGACGACACCCGGAAGAAGACGAUAUCGUGCCAGAGCUUGCCAGGAGCAUCCAUCCCAGAGAGCGACCUGACUGGGAGGAAACCAUCAGUGCAAUGGCACGGAGUGCAGAAAUUCCAGAGCUGAGCUCUGAGCCUCUCAUGCGCUCUUGCAGCAGCACCGCCAGCAUGAAGAUGAAGAACGUUAAAAAGCUUUCAUUCACCAAGGGUCAUUUUCCGAAGUUAGCUGAAUGUGCCCACUUCCACUAUGAAAACGUUGACUUUGGGACAAUACAGUUAACCCUCGCAGAUGAACAGACUGAAGUGACACGGAAUGGCCUGGAGUCAAAAGAGCCUGUGUAUUUGGUUCAGAUCUACUGUCAGGGACGAAGCUGGAUGGUGAGGCGGAGCUAUGAAGAUUUCCGAGUCCUGGAUAAGCAUCUCCAUCUCUGCAUCUAUGACCGCCGCUUUUCACAGCUCCCAGAGCUGCCCCGCUUCGACAGCCUGAGGGAGAGAGCAGAGGCAGCUUCCCAGAUGCUUAUGGCUUACCUGUCCCGUUUCUCAGCGAUCGCUGAUAAUAAGAUCAACUGUGGGCCGGCCCUCACAUGGAUGGAGGUUGACAACAAAGGGAAUCAUCUGCUGGUGCAUGAGGAGUCAUCCAUAAAUGUUCCAGCUAUCGCAGCGGCCCAUGUGAUCAAGCGCUACAUCGCCCAGGCGGCUGAUGAACUGUCAUUUGAGGUGGGGGAUAUUGUUUCUGUAAUAGACAUGCCACCCAAAGAGGACACCACCUGGUGGAGAGGAAAACAUGGUUUCCAGGUUGGCUUCUUUCCCAGUGAGUGUGUGGAGCUGAUAAACGACAAGGUCCCACAGUCUGUUACCAACUCAGUGCCAAAACCAGCAUCCCCCUGCUCUGGUCUGCGGCCGGCCUCCUGGAGUCUGUUCCCACCCUAUUUGGAGAUGGAGAGUGUAAAGCAGGACAGUGCAUGGGCACCCGACCCAUUUAAUCCCUACAGGCUGAACUCAGUGUCCAAGAAACACGGGAAACUGAUCACUUUUCUGCGCACAUUCAUGAAGUCCAGGCCAACCAAGCAGAAGCUGAAGCAAAGAGGUAUCCUCAGGGAGAGGGUGUUUGGCUGUGACCUAGGAGAACAUCUCCUCAACUCCGGCCAUGACGUCCCCCAGGUACUCAAGAGCUGCACCGAGUUCAUUGAGAAGCACGGAGUGGUUGAUGGAAUGUACCGUCUCUCUGGGAUUGCCUCCAACAUUCAGAAGCUGCGGCAUGAAUUUGACUCUGAACAGAUCCCUGAUCUGACAAAAGAUGUUUACAUUCAAGACAUACACUGCGUUGGCUCCCUGUGCAAGCUUUACUUUCGAGAGCUUCCCAACCCACUUCUCACCUACCAGCUGUAUGAAAAAUUCUCGGAGGCUGUGUCAGCAGCCACAGACGAGGAGAGGCUGAUCAAAAUACAUGAUGUCAUUCAGCAGCUGCCGCCCCCACACUAUAGGACUCUUGAGUUUCUUAUGAGGCAUCUUUCACACUUGGCAACCUUCAGCUAUGUAACAAACAUGCAUACGAAGAAUUUGGCCAUCGUUUGGGCCCCCAACUUAUUGAGGUCAAAGCAAAUCGAAUCAGCUUGCUUCAGCGGCACAGCAGCCUUCAUGGAGGUGCGAAUACAGUCUGUUGUGGUGGAGUUUAUUCUCAACCAUGUGGAUGUUCUCUUCAGCCCCAAACUGAGCUCACUCAUACGAGAGGGAACAGGUGAGCAAUAUGGACAGAUUUCAACAUAUUUUAAAUUGCUUGCACUUCUAAAUAUUCAUCACAGAUUUCUUGUCUUUGUAGGACACAACUCUUUGUCUCGGCCUAAAUCUUUGCUGGUACCCUCUCCAUCCACAAAGCUGCUGACACUAGAAGAGGCACAGGCACGUACUCAGGCCCAGAUCAACUCGCCCAUCACUGCAGACAGCAAGUACAUCGAGGUGGGAGAGGGUCCCGCAGCCUUACAGGGAAAAUUCCACACGGUCAUUGAAUUCCCUACUGAGAGGAAAAGACAGCCAAUAAAGUCUAAAAAGUCUCCAGUUGGCAGUUGGCGGUCUUUUUUCAACUUGGGCAAGUCUUCCUCAAUGUCUAAAAGAAAACUACACCGCAAUCCCAGUGAACCAAACGAACUCAAGGCCAUGGCAUUGGCUGGAGGAAGAGGAGACACCGGUACUCUUCGGUCUGCCAAAAGUGAGGAGUCUCUCACCUCUUUACAUAACGUUGAAGGAGAGUCUAAGGUGUACAGGCCACGCAGACCUCGCUCCAGCAGCGAUGCUCUCUCUGCUUCCUUCAAUGGUGGCCUGCUGGAUAGCAGACAACACUGUAACUCAUAUGACAACCUGGGCCAAGGGGACAGUGAUGGGGAUGAUGGACCAAUCUCUGUGCCUGCUCUCAUCUCCCCGCCACGUUCCGCUGACGAUGUGGACCUGAGCCCCCCCGACAUUGGCAUGGCCUCUUUAGACUUUGACCCCAUGUCUUUCCAGUGUAGCCUUCCUCUGGCAGAGACUUCCAUUUUCUCGCUUGACACAGAUGAAAACAGUCUGAAGAGGAGCCCGGGCAGUGCCAGUGGCUCAGAGCCAGUCUCGCCAGUCAGAGCUAAAGUUACGAGUCAUUCUGUGUCUCCAGACCACAGUCCAGCCUUAAAGGAUAGAAAUAAACUGACCCCUGCAUCCUUCUCAGAGAAAGCUCCAGUUCAAUCCCUUGAGAGCAGUGAGAAGUCAGCUGUUGUGACUCCUCUAAGCAUCUCUGAAUCGGCUGCAUCCAUGAUAAGGAAAGCACCAGAGAGCACUGUACUUCAGCCCUCUUCCCCUCCAUCUCCACUCGACUCUCCUGCAAAAUUGAGCUCUCUGUCAAGAUCCACCGAUCUGCCCCUGAGUGAAGCCAUUCAACAAGAGCUUCUUUCUAAAGCUGCUACCUUUGAGAGUAAAGAGAGUAAAGGCAUAUCAAGCAUUGAAUGUUCACAGCCACAACAGGUCACCUGCUCUCAAGAUCAGCCAGGAGCCGUAGCUCUGGACUCGCCAAAGGGCAAUGUCCCUGUCAGCUCUGUGCCCCUCAUACCUCCCCCUCCCCCACCAAAGAACGCUGCCCGCAUGCUUGCUCUAGCUUUAGCUGAAUCUGCCCAGCAGGCCUCUAUUCUCUCUCAGAGGCAAUCCUCUGGACCCCCUACACCAGUGUCCCCCGUUAAGCCACAAGAGUUACUGGAGACCAUGGACUGGCCUCCUCCUCUUUCCUUGCCAUCACAGCCAUCCCUGGAGGAAGCUGCAGUCGAAGCAUCAAAGAGAUCUGCUCCUAUGUCUUCACCACCCUCCACCCCAACUGAGAAGUUAAACUGCUCUGUCAGUCUGCACCUCAACACAGCUGAGAGCGGGAAGCCAUCCAGCAUUUCUUGCAAUAGCCAGGAAGUUAUCUCUCCAGAGACCCCAAGCCACAGUGCUAUGCCUUCUAGUCAACCUAUUCAAGUUUCCCAAACACAAAAAAGCCCAGAAAGGCAGCAGCCAGCUGUGGGCCAGACACCUGUGAGCACAGACAAAACCACUACCACAAUCACCACACCAGCUAUCAGCAGCAAGGAUACUGUCAUUCAGCAACCCAGCUCUGAGAUCCAUAUGACUGAAAUGGUAAUGCCACCAAAACCCAUAAAGAUGCCAGAUCAGCCAGUCGCAAUUCUCCAGCCUCAGCCACAAAUACAGACUCAACCUCAUGCAGCCAUUCGGUCUCAGCCUCAAGUUCAGUCUCAUUCUCAGUCACAAGCACAGCCGCAGUUUCAGCCUAAAUCUCAGCCCAAUGCUAGAGUUGCACCAACCCCUGCAGCACCUCUUGAACCUGUGGAAAAACCAUGGGAAGCCAUAAAGCCUGUCCAUCCAAAAGCAGAUAGUGCUUCUCAACACCAUACUCAGGGAGUGACGCCGCCAACACCCCCAGUUCGUUCUAUUGAAAGUAAAUUAGCAAUGGCUGCUCUCUAUAACACUGAGGCUGCUAACCCCGCCAACUUUCAUACCAUCUUAGAAGCAUCCAUGAAAGGCUCAGUGGAGGAGACUCCCCCGCAAUCUCAUCCAUCUCACCGUAGGGCUUCCACUCAUCAGUCAGGUUACAUUUACCACUCAAAAGGGGAUCCUGCCCUACUGGAGCCCACCACAGAGGCGUAUUACCAUCAGCGGGUAUCCCCUUCAGGUCAGGCUACGAUGGCAUACCAUUACAGACCAGAGAGUGUUCCACCACACGUUUCUUAUGUGUCGAAAUCAGAGCCACAGAUCUCCUAUAGAGGCCACGGUGAUGGCCGAUACAAUACAAUUGGACCUAGGUCCUACCACCAGUCUAUCAAAUCUCGUGGCCCUCUGAGAAAUGAAUACAUUUCUCCAGGCUCACUGCACCACUCCCAUGGCUACAGCCAAGUAGAUGGACCAACCGUGUACCCAACAAUCCGCAGGGUCCACUCCCUACAUGUGCCUCCUACCACUAUCCGCUCAACGCCGGUCACCAGAACCGAGGUUCCACCAGAUGAUGAGUUAUUUUACUACCAGCGCCCAGUCUACCACUGCAAAUCUCACCAACCAGCCUCUCAAGCCGACUACCACGUCACACAGCUACAGCCUUAUUUUGAGAAUGGAAGAGUUCAGUACCGCUAUAGCCCUUACUCUGGCUCUCAUGUUCUGGAUGCCCCUUUCUACGAUGUGGACCAUUACGGUACGAUCCGCUUACGGCAUGUCCAUUCCUUUAGUGGUCGGGAUAGUGCCCCUCUCCCUCGGUCUGCAGCCAAAUCUGGAGCCUACCACUUCCUUUCAAGGCAUUUCAUUCCUUUAAAGGAGCAUGGCUUCGUAAGCAGAGACAUACCACCUUAUGGUGGUUCAAAAGGGAGUGUUUACUUUGCAUGGGAUCCAGACGAAGCAGAGAGGCUUCGCAUACACUCUAUCCGCAGGGAAAGCCGUGCAAGACAAAAGGUGAAGGGUUCUGUUAUGUCUCAGUAUGACAACAUAGGACCCUACAUGCCAAUGGAUAUAGACAUGUUACACAUGCGCAGCAAAUCAGAUUCCGGCAAAACUGUAUUGAUGGCAGCUGAGAGCAAGGAAGCCAGAUAUAAUAUCAAUCCUGGAUCUCAGCAUGCUUCCAGGCACUUGAUCUCCGAACCAGAUGUCCUGAUGUAUAUGGAAACAGAGAAGCACUGUCAAGGAAAUGGGAUGGGGGAUAAGACCACCAAACAAGGCAGCUCCAGGACCUACUCGUCCAUCCAUUCACAUCAAUCGCAACUUCCACCACGAAGCCUGCAGCACUUACCAGAGGGUGGCUAUCAUGACCUGAAGUUUGAACCUGGGGAAAAGCAACCGAGCAGUAAACAUUGGCAUGAACACUCCGAGAGCAGAACCGCCCAACCUCGUUACGAAAGGUCAGAUUUGGAUCGCCACAUAUGCAGGGUUAAAGCCACGAGCAGUGCCAGUGAAGAUGAACAAGCAGUUCCUGUGAAGCCAGCUCCUCCACCCAAGCCAGAGAGAUCCCAUAGCGUUAGAGAGCGACAGCAUUACAACCAAUCCAGUCUUCCCUCACAUCUACCAGACAAUUCAGACCUCAGUGGAUCCUACUCUCAUCAGUCACAGGGACAAAGUCAAAGUAACAUUACUUUUCAGUCACACUAUGACAACCUGGAUGACUACCAUCCGGUACCUCAGUCCCAAACCUCACUAUCAAAUCGGGGUGGUUCCAGCUCCUAUCACAGCCCUGGUUUCUCAACUCCACAUAGUAAUCUUGCAUACUCCACUGCCUUGGGACAGGGCACCUUCAUACAGGCUGAGCUUUCAGUGCGGAGGCCAGAGACAGAGAUUAAUGCGGAGUAAACAGGCAUUUAAUGACAAAUAAGAUUAUUGUAGGUAUCAAUAAUUCACUCCAAGUUUAGCAGCCUCUGCGGGACAGUGGACUGCCUUCUGACUGUUAACAUUCAGUUUUCUUUUUUUCUUUUUUUAUGUACAAAGAAAUGUAAAAGACUUUCUGACUUUUCAUCAGUUGUUUAAACAUUGUGACAUGGAAAUAUAACUUGUUAUAUGCUGUAGAUAUCCUGUGAAUUUGACAAAUGGUACAUGAACCAUAACCAGAUGAGUUAUGUAUAUCUGAGAAGAACUACUGGAUAUAAGGGAUUCGUUUUGUUCUGUUUUAUUGCUUUGAAAAGGUCUGGGACUGGGUAUAAAUGAAGUGUAAAGGUUUGCAUUUUAGAAAUGCAUGUAAACUACAUUUUACAGAACAGUUCUGUGUACCUUGAUAUAUUUGUGUAUUGUGUACUUUCUGGAUGUUACAGUAACAGUGGAAGGGAAGCCCUGUUUAAGUCAUCCUACCUUCAUUUUACACAACUAGGUGGUACAUGAAAUUCUUAAUAUUCUGCCUUAGGUUGGGGGCCCAAAAUGUGCAUCUUUUCCAUUUUGUCCAAACUGUGCCAUUACUAUUAUGUAUGAUACGGUUUCAUCACAAGCAACUGGAUUUCUUUCUUCAUUCGAAAACUUGAACUCUGCUCGGAUUGGCUGCUGUUUGUUGUUGGAGGGACCAAACGAUGUAUGCAGAUUAUGAUGGCAGAAGUAUUCAUUAAGAUAUUGAAGAAUGCCGGAAGGUAAGAGUGCCAGUGUGAAGUGACACAUUUCUUGUCCCCCUUUCAGGGAAUUGUGGUACUGAGAGAGUUUUUGAUACAUUUAGUGAUUAAAAUAUGUUUUCUGACUGAUUUUAGACCAGCACCUUACUUACAUUUUUAUAACGAGCUGCAUUACUAAAUUUCACAAAGAUCCAUAAACUUUAAAUAAGGGGAACCACUUAGACUGGGAAAAAAAUAGUUGGGUGGCUAGUGUGGAAAAAAUACAGGCACCUCGUAUGUAACCUCUGUUUUAUGGGACCAAGCUGAAAUUUUAAUGCAGCAUCUCCAUACUUGCACUCUCCUCAUGAGUACUUGAUCCAUGAAGCAUUAAAGCCUCAAAGCCUAAUUUAAUCAAG